AUGUCAAUACGCGUCAUUCUGGACAAGCCACCCGAAUUCUACACCAACCUGGACUUCAUCAAGGGUGAUGUCGUACUCUCCCUCAGUCGCCCUGAGCACGUCGGUGCCAUCAUCGUCAAGCUCGAGGGCGAGUCCAGGACAGCUCUAGGCGUGCCCACAGACAACCCGGGUAUGGGCAUCGCCGGGCGAGAACGAAUAUCUGGCGGGGACACCCUGCACGAGAACCACAAGAUCCUGUACAAGGUCGGCCAGGUCUUCCCCGAUGAGAAUGCGCCACCGGCCGCCUCACCUUACCUCCUGAAUCCGGGACAGCACCGGUUCCCCUUUCAGUUCAAAUUUCCGUUCAACAACGCCUGCGGUAAUACGGAAGCCAUGGCCCGGAUUGGCGGCGUGGUCAACACCGGCGGCAUCUUUGGGGUUGGCUUCCGCGUCAUGGAUGGGACCAAGCAGCUGAUGUACUCGCACGUCACCAAAACGCUGCCGCCGAGUUUCACGGGAUUCCCUGGGGAAGCCGAGAUCCGGUACUACGUCAAAGUUACAAUACAACGGCCUGGGAUAUUCAAGGAGAAUUGGCGAUACCAGAUGGGUCUCAAGUUCCUGCCCAUCGAGCCCCCAAGGCCGGCCAAGUCGAACCAGGAGGCAUACGCCAGACGGCCCUUCACCUUCCAGCCGAGGAGUCCCAGUCCAUCACCGUACCAAAAAAAGCGCUCUUCCUUCUUCGGGGGACUCUCAACGUCUACCAGUAGCCGGCCAGGAGGCCCGCCAUUACCUGAUCCCGCCUCGGUCGCCGCUCCUUCGAUCGAGAUGUCUGCCCGCCUCCCACACCCUGCCAUUCUCACUUGCAACAAAUCGAUACCCCUCCGGUUGAUAGCGAAGAAGCUGGUGCCUGCGCAGGCCGACGUAUAUCUAGUAGCAAUGCAAAUCGAGCUCAUUGGCAAGACCACGGUGCGCUGCCAGGAUUUAGUCAACACCGAGGUCAACCGCUGGGUUAUCCUAGCCCGCCACGGCCUUUCUACUCUCGUGUCCAAACCAGAAGACCCCGUGGGGACCGAAUUCGUCGUGCCAGACAUACUCUGGAGUGGCGCUCCGCUCCCCAACACAGUCAUGCCGAGUUUCCUGACAUGCAAUCUCAAGCGCGACUACCAACUCGAGGUAAGACUCGGUCUCGCCUGGGGUAAACCCUCCACCAUUGGCCCCAACAUGUUCCUCGGGCGCGGGAAAUUCGCCGACGCCGCCAACCGCCCGCCAGAACUCCACCUCAACCUCCCAUUCAGCACCAUCCAAGUCUACUCGGGCCUCACCCCCCCAGCCGAGCUUGUCGAAGCCACCCGCCAAGGGCGUGGCCGCAACCCCCGCCCCCAAAGACCAUCGCCCUCACCCCAAGCAGCAGCAGCAGCCGGUCCAUCCUUCCUCUCUCUUCCCCUCCGCAGCACCACACCUUCCCCCACGCUCAACCCAGUUCUCACAAACCCAACCCGCCGACGCACUCUACCCGCCCAAGCUGGGGCCGGGAUCAGGGGCCAGGGCAGGUGCAGGCGAGUCCGCCGUAUGAUGACGCCGCCGCCGACAUACGCAGGAGGCCAUGGCCGAGGAGAUGACGGGCCGGUGUUUCUCUGCUGCCGCGCGAGGCCCGCCUUAUAG